AUGGCGCACUCUUGCCUUCCAAAUACGACACCGGUUCGAAUCUUAAGAAACUCGAGAAGGAUUGAAGACUCUGUGCUUGUGGUGGUGGCCACAGAGCCGAUUCCUGUUGGCUACUCGAUCACGCUCCACUAUGGAACCGACUACGUGAAACAGCGAUUGGCAAAAGUCAAUACGAGGGCCGAAUAUACAGUACGGGCUUUCAACCGGGAUUUAUGGGAACACGUGUGGGUGCACGACGUCAACAGCAAAUUGUUCAAAGUCAACAGUCUUCGCGUUCAACCUCUCCGUCUUAAAGCAACCACGUCGGAGGGUUCAUUACAUCGAGACUUUUGGUCAAAAAUCGGUAACGAAGGCGGCGGUCCC